AUGGCUUCCAACGAUUACUACCACGGCAGCAAACCGCCAUCAGGAGCAACUCCCUCUCCUGCUCCCUACUACGCCGGCGCAUACAACAACAACAACAACAUUCCUUCCACCAGCUCCACCCCUGCGCCUCCCUACAGCUCGAUACCGAACGCGCCCGGUGCCAGCCAACCGCCACCGCGCCAAAACACCAUAUCCCCCUUCGAAACCGUCUUCGACGAUCACGUUUACCCAGUAGACUCAACACAGGACGGGUUCCGGCACAACAGCCACAGCCAGAGCCCCCAGAGUCUAAGCAAUAUGAAUACCGCCUACACUGGCCACGGCCAAACGCCGUACAGCAUGCACGAUAUUGAUCAGUCAAAACCUUAUACGCAGCAGGACACCGGUUACUACGGCCACUCUUCCGUUUCUCCCGAUUCCAGCAGACCGAAUGUGGCAGACGAUAUUCCUCUGCAGAGCCGACAGCCGACGCAGCCGCACAAGGACGUUGAAAUGAACGACAACGAUCACGUCUACGACGCACCGCAGGGAUCUCGACGCUCCAAGAGCCAGCGCGGCAAGAAGAAGGUCGGCUUUGGUCAACUGGGCAUGUUUGGCGCCGACAGGAAGGGUAUCCCGUGGGUGGUUUACUUUUUCACCCUGGUUCAGAUUGCAGUCUUCAUCGGUGAGAUUGUCAAGAAUGCUCAACUGACGGGCUCGCCGAUCAUGACGAAGCCCUCUUUCAACCCCAUGAUCGGACCCUCGACGUACGUGAUGAUCAACAUGGGCGCUCGAUAUGUUGCCUGCAUGCACAAUGUCAAGGGUAUCCAAGAUCUUGGCCAGCCCAUUACCUGGCCUUGCCCGAAUUCGACGUCGAACGAUGCCAGCAACCCUUCGAAUCAUUGCGGCUUAGGGGACUUGUGCGGUUUUGGUGGCGUGCCCGAGCCUACCUACACCGACAUCAACCAGUCGCCGGAGCCCAACCAGUGGUUCCGCUUCAUCACGCCUAUUUUCUUGCACGCAGGUCUCAUUCACAUUGGGUUCAACUUGCUUCUGCAAAUGACAAUAGGGAAAGAGAUGGAGGUAGCCAUCGGCUCGAUUCGGUUCUUCUUGGUAUAUUUGAGCGCCGGUAUCUUUGGCAACGUCAUGGGAGCGAACUAUGCCGGCGUCAUGGCCGCAUCGACAGGUGCAUCAGGCGCGCUCUUUGGUGUCAUCGCUCUUACUCUGCUCGACCUCUUGUACUCGUGGAAAGACCGGCGCAGCCCUGUCAAGGAUCUGAUGUUCAUAAUGUUGGACGUCGUCAUAUCCUUUGUGCUGGGACUCCUGCCAGGUCUGGACAACUUCGCCCAUAUCGGUGGUUUCUUGAUGGGCCUAGCGCUUGGCGUCUGCGUUCUGCAUUCUCCCAACUCCCUGAGACGGAGAAUGGGAGCCGAAGACCCGUCCUACGCAUCAAUGCAACUCAAUCCUAAUCAAGGCCCGCCCCCGUUCUUGAAGAACCCAGUUGGGUUCUUCAAGGGGCGGAAGCCACUUUGGUGGGCUUGGUGGCUGGUCAGAGCCGGCUUUUUGCUGACCGUCAUCAUCGUCUUCAUUGUCUUGCUCAACAACUUCUACAUCUACCAUAACACUUGCAGCUGGUGCAAGUACCUCAGUUGCAUUCCUGUCAACAAUUGGUGCGAGCUUGACAACUUCAAGAUCACGAGAUCUUGA